UUGUGGUCGGUCCCAGUUUUAGGCGCGGUACGUAUUUGGCGUACGUAGUCAGCGUUCACAUUUAGCGUUCAUUAUUGCGUACGUGCUUAGCGUGGCCCUCUUGUCGGUCUUUUCCUUCUUUGCGGGCCACCAUGAAGGUCGAGCUUUGCAGCUUCAGCGGGUAUAAAAUCUACCCCGGCCAUGGCCGCCGGUACGCCAGGAUAGACGGAAAGGUCUUCCAGUUUCUAAAUGCCAAGUGUGAGUCGGCCUUCCUGGCCAAGAGGAACCCCAGGCAAAUCAACUGGACCGUGCUGUAUAGACGCAAGCACAAGAAGGGUCAGAGUGAAGAGGUGACGAAGAAGCGUACCCGUCGUGCAGUGAAGUUCCAGAGGGCCAUCACUGGUGCCUCAUUGGCUGAGAUCUUGGCCAAGAGGAAUCAGAAGCCUGAGGUGCGCAAGGCCCAGCGGGAACAGGCCAUUAGAGCUGCUAAGGAGGCUAAGAAAGCCAAGCAGGCUAUGAAGAAAACUGCAGCUCCACCUGCAAAGGCCCCUGCCAAGGCUGCUCCAAAACAGAAGAUCGCAAAGCCCAUGAAAUCCAACGCACCACGUGUGGGAGGCAAACGCUAAACCUCACUCUUACAAAAAAUAUUAAUAAAUUUUUCACAAGAAUAAA